UAAUAUAUUAUUCAUAAUUCUGUUAUUAAUUAAUAAACUAUGAGAGUUUAAUAGUUUCAUAGUUUAGGGUUUGUUCGGUUUGUUUUUGGCUACUUUUUUCUGAUGUGUGGAGACAAACGUAAUUUUCACCUAAACGUAUUCCUUCUUUUAUUCUCUGUUUCUGGUUCUUCUCAGGUUCUGAUAUGCCUAAAUGAACUGAUUAGUAUCCAAGCUCAAAUAAUGAUGGAUUUUACAUCUUCAGAAGUGAUGUGCGAGGUUGCCAAUUUAACAAAGGAAUUUACUUUUAGUCAUUCUUGUUCGUUUUAGUUAACCUCACUUGUAACAGGAAUUCAUUCAUAAUAGACCACGUAUGGAAACAUCCCAAUAUAUGUAUGUAUUUAGUUAACAAGAAUGUGCUCAGACAAAGACUCUUACUGUGAAGUUCUGGUUGCAUUGGUAAGGUUGCUAUCCAAUUUGAGCGCGAUUGCGACCAUCGAUAUCAAGGUUUUGAAGCAAAGAUCGUUUAAGGGAGGGUCUAAGUUAGGGCACUACAUUUCAUACAGCCUCAUUUAUGAAAGCUAAUGCAUUGAAGUGAAAGUGAGCGCCCCCCAUCUUUCGGACUGUGUGCACUUCCGCCCGAUCCUCUGGACACGGAACCACAGCUCGCUUUUCCCUCCACACGACCUUUCAGAUCCCUCCUCACAUCCAUCUAUCUCUCUAUCCUUUAUAGCGACCCAACGACACUUUUAAGAGCCACUCGUCUGUCUGUCUAUCCAUACAUCCGUUUAUAAUCUGAUUAUAGAUAAUCAAUUUGUCUAUCUACCUAUCUGUUUGUCUAUCUAUAUAUCUAUCUGUCUAUCUCUCUAUCUACUUACCUACCUACCUCUCUGUCGUUCUACCUUUUUGGCUUUCUUUCUGGCUGUUCAUCUGUCUGUCUGGCUGACUGGAUACCAUGCCAGGUUCAACCCAAAAGACCUGCCAGUCAUGCAAGGCACAAAUAAAUGUUGGCUGUAAACACUGCAAGCUGUGUGGGGCUUCUCAGCCCCAGAAAGUGAAAUUGCAGCAGGCCAAAGACAAAGCAUCAAAGGAAUGGGCCCAAAAAAUGUUGAAUGGAAGAAACACCUCAAAGCUGAUAAAUUCCACCAAUCUUCUACUCCACAAGUUUCACAUGUUGGGUUAUUACCCCCUUCUUCUUCUUGGGAGGAGGAAGACGAGGCAGGCCACAAAUUUUAGGGCAGAUGUUUUUUAUCCUCAGCAGUUUUCUUCAGAAAUGGAGAGGACAUCAAUUUCUACAAUUCGUUUGCUGUAUGAAGGUCUUCUAAAAGUGGCUCUUAAUCCAGAAGCCAACCCCAACUCUUCAAAUGCUCCUGAGACCAACACCAGCUCUGCCCAUACUCCUGAGACCAACACCAGCUUUUCACAUGCUCCUGAGACCAACUUCAGCUGUUCAGAUGGUCCUACAGAGAACCCCAGCUCUUCAGUUGCUCCCCUUCAUACUGAACCUACAUACACCUUAAUUCUUACUCCUGUUACAUCUGAAAAGGAAAAUUCCACAGUGGUUCUUAAUCUGGAAGUCAACCCCAGCUCUUCAGAUGAUCCUGAGACCAGCCCCAUCUGUUCAGAUGCUCCUGAGACCAGCCCCUUCUCUUCAGAUGGUCCUGAGGCUAGCCCCAGCUUUUCAGCUCCUCCUGAGCCCCGCAGCAGCUCUUUAGAUGAACUCAAUCCAAUUCUCUCCCCUGUUACAUCUGGAAAUGGGAAUUCCACAGACAAGUACCCCUGCAAGAAAAGAACACAAGAAGUAACACCAAAUGUGUCCAGCUCGACAUUUAAUCGUACUUUUCCCUGCAAGAAAAGAAGAAUAAAGAUCAACCCAAGUGAAUGCCCUGUCCACACUAUGGCUGACACCUACCCAGUCCAAAAAAUUUUAUCACAGAGGGUAUCAAAAGAGGGCACAAAAGAGGUCAAAGUCCGUUGGCAGCAGUGUUCUGGGUGUGGCAUCAAGUGGAAAGACACAUGGGAGCCUUUCAACGAGAUAUUCCCGUAGUAAUGAUUUGAAAUAAUACUCUAAAUUAUUCAUUUUGGAAUUUUGAUGUUUAGCAUAACUAUUUCUAGGUGAUGUGUUAUUUAUUCAUCAUUACCCUUGUCAUUCAUAAGGUUAUUAUUGUUCAAUAAAGAUAUUGUGCAACAUCUUA